UCAGAAGUCUCCCCGUGUGCUCCUCCUGUCUGCAGUCUCUGGUCAUCUCCUGUACUGUCUGCAGUCUCUGGUCAUCUCCUGUACUGUUUUCCGCAGUCUCUGGUCAUCUCCUGUACUGUGUCCGCAGUCUCUGACCAUCUCCUGUACUGUGUCUGCAGUCUCUGGUCAUCUCCUGUACUGUGUCCGCAGUCUCUGGUCGUCUCCUGUACUGUGUCCGCAGUCUCUGGUCGUCUCCUGUACUGUGUCCGCAGUCUCUGGUCGUCUCCUGUACUGUGUCCGCAGUCUCUGGUCAUCUCCUGU